UUGAGUUGGUGUGAUGUUAAACAAAGUGGAAAAAAAUCUAAAAACAUGAUUGAAAUUACUUGUAACGACCGUUUGGGUAAAAAGGUUCGCGUAAAAUGCAAUCCUGAUGAUACUAUUGGUGAUCUGAAGAAAUUGAUUGCUGCACAGACUGGGACUAGAUAUGAUAAAAUUGUUCUCAAAAAAUGGUACACUAUCUAUAAGGAUCCAAUUAAGUUAUCGGACUAUGAGAUUCACGAUGGAAUGAAUUUAGAGCUGUACUACCAAUAAAUAUUAGUUUUAUAUUGGAGAAAACACUUGUACUUUUUGGAUUUUUUUUUAAAUGAAUGGAAUUCAAUGGCAGUAAUUUUGUCGGUUUUGUUUAUAUUAGUAUGUGAAAAGAAUGCGGGGAAUAAAUAUAAUAUUGUUCAUUUUGCUAAAGUUUUAUCAGAAAACUUUUAAAAAAUUGUAAGUGCUCUCAUGUUUACUUCUAUAUGCCCUUCUCCCCCCUUUAUAUACGCACUGAACGCUUACAAGAAGAUAAAUUAAUUUGCUACUAGUUUAAUGUGGGUUAAAAUAAUUUUGAAACGCAAGCAACUAAUAUGUGUGAGGCUUUAUGAAGCAGUAAGAAGACUACAUUAGCAACUAAAAUAGAGAAAAUCGUCAUGUUUCUUGCCCAAGUGAUGUAAUAAAUUUGUCAUAUAUGUAGCGGAGAUCCAUCAUGUAUUUAUUAUGGGUGUGAUUAGCACCCUCUGACGAAAACGAUGUCAUAACUUUGCGUAUACGAUAUUGGUCUCUAAAACGCCCUGGCCAAUCUUUUCGCGGUAAGUAAAAGAAAAAUGCUAAUUCGGCUCGUUGUCUCAUCCAUGAUUACGAAAAAACAAUCUACGUAUUGAUGAAAUCGAACCAAAAGUAGAAUCGUUGGAUAUAUAAAGAGGUUAUGUGAAGUUUCAAAUAGCUAUCUAAAGACAACAACUAAUUGAAAAUCUGCAAUUUCGAUUCAAAAAUGUUGUUCUCUUGAUUCUGUCAGUUUUUGGGUAAAUAUAAAUGCACGAAUACAUACGUGUCUACAAAUACACUGUAAUGAUUUUCACUGUGGCUCUUUCUUAUAAAUCAUUGAAAUUUUAAAAUCUUUUCAUUAAAAAAAUAAAUACCUCAGAGUUUAACGUAACAUUUACUUAUAUAUAUUUUGAAAAAGCUAUUUGCAUUUUCGAUCAUUCUGGGUUAUGGCUAACAUCGUAGCCAUAACGAACAACAAAAUUUCAAUAUUUAUUAUUCCCGUCCUUAGUAGGAUGGAUGACUCCCGUUAUUUGAGGUAAGAAAAUAAAAUAAAUAAUGAAAGUAAAAAAUAAAGCGUUUGCAAAUCUCCCAAAUCCAUCGAAAAGAGAAUUGCAACCAAUUCUCAAUUAUUUCAAUUUAAAAAAAAUAAACCCACAAACCAUUCUGUAUAAUUUUCAGUGUUUAAGAACGGCAAGACCAACGAUACGAAACCAAGAGUUUUAGCAAAUUUCGAAAUCGCUUCAAUAUACUUAUCAGCAUUCUAAAAGAUCUUGCGCAUAGCAGAGACUACCACAGCAGCUCCAGCCAUAGCACCGCGGUAUUCCCCAUGCCAGAAGCGAGACGAAGACACAUGCCACCAGUUUAUCGAAUCGGAAAGAGAGAUUUAUUAUUGUAGAAAUUUUUCUUUCUGCUGAAAAAAUUCACCUAUAAAUAGCAAGAUUGGUUUAUCUUUUGGUCCAGCGUCACAAUAACUGUUUUGGCUUUUUAACAGGCCACGUAGCCAAGCAUCGAAUUUCGGCAAACCAUGGAGUUCUAGUAAAUUUAUUAAAUAUAUUCGUUUGUAAAUUUAUAUUGCUUGUUGUCGUUGUAAUGUCAGAGAGACAAGGCGCUACCUUCAGCGGCUUUGCUCGGGAUAUUCCAUCGAAUCUACGAGCAUUCCACAAAAAUUAU